GGCCCGGCCGGCACCCGUCGCCGCGGUGGCGUCUGGGAAGGAGAGAUCAUGGCGGCGGAGCCGAGCAAGACGGAGAUCCAGACUCUCUUCAAGCGGCUCCGGGCAGCGCCGGCCAACAAGUCGUGCUUCGACUGCGGCGCCAAGAACCCGAGCUGGGCCAGCAUCACCUACGGGGUGUUUCUGUGCAUCGACUGCUCCGGUGUGCACCGGUCCUUGGGCGUGCACCUCAGCUUCAUCAGGUCCACAGAGUUGGAUUCCAACUGGAGCUGGUUCCAGCUGAGGUGUAUGCAAGUGGGCAGCAAUGCCAACGCGACGUCUUUCUUCCGCCAGCAUGGCUGUACAACCACAGACGCCAAUGCAAAGUACAAUAGUCGAGCUGCUCAGAUGUACAGGGAGAAGAUCCGGCAGCUGGCAAGUGCUGCCAUGGCCAAGUAUGGCACAGAUCUGCUUGUAGAUGGACUGAGUGGAGCCCCUGGGCACUCCCCUGACAAGAGUGAUGCUGAUUUCUUCAUGGAGCACACACAGUCUUCCAGUACCUGGGAUGUAGCAGAUGUCAGCCAGAAUACUGCACAGUCUUCACCAGAGGUGGAAAAAGCAGCAAAAUCAUCAGAAAGCAGCGAAGUGUCAAAUUCCAGCCAGGGCCCAUCUACUGACUUGUUGAGCACAUCUCCUAAAGCUCCUCUAGAACUUAAAUCCUCCCUCAUUGGAAAGAAGAAGCCAGGAGCUGCCAAGAAAGGGCUGGGGGCAAAAAAAGGCCUUGGAGCCCAGAAGGUGAGCAGCCAGAGCUUCAGCGAGAUCGAGCGGCAAGCCCAGGUAGCAGAGCAGCUGAGGGAGCAGCAGGCAGUGGAGUCCAGGAAGCAAGCUGAGGAGUCCAUAGUCACCUCGAUGCGACUGGCUUAUCAGGAACUGCAGCUCGAUCGGAAGAAGGAAGAGAAGAAACUUCAGAACCUUGAAGGGAAGAAGCGUGAACAAGCAGAGAGGCUGGGCAUGGGCUUGCCGUCAAGGAGUUCUGUGUCACACUCGGUGAUGUCUGAGAUGCAAGUAAUUGAGCAGGAGACACCGCUGGUGGCAAAAUCUUCCCGUUCCCAAUUGGACUUGUUUGAAGAUGCUGGAAGCUUCACAUCUGGACCCCCCAAAUACAAAUACAGUCCCUUCUCAUUUGAAGAUGCAUUUGGCUCACGAUGGGAAACAGACUCUUCAUGGGGUAUGGACAAAGAGGAGGAACCUGAGGUGACCAUUUCUAGUAUUCGGCCUAUUUCAGAGAGACCCCCCAGUAGGCGGGAGCCAGAGAACAGGACAUUUGUUGUGGAAUCCAAUGAAGCUCGGCAGAAGUUUGCAGGGGCUAAAGCCAUCUCUUCGGAUAUGUUCUUUGGGCGGGAGGCAGAUGCUGAGUAUGAAGCCAGAUCCCGGCUGCAGCAGCUCUCAGGCAGCAGCGCCAUCAGCUCUGCAGACCUCUUUGGAGAGGCUGAGAAUGUGAACUCAGGUGGUGUGUCCAUUGGAAAUGUCCUGCCUGCAGCUGACAUUGCACAGUUCAAACAAGGAGUGAAAUCUGUUGCUGGCAAGAUGGCUGUCCUAGCCAACGGGGUGAUGAACUCUCUCCAGGAUCGUUAUGGCUCAUAUUGAUGACCCAGGGACUGCAACACAAAGAGAAGCCAGCAAGAGGCACUGAUGCCACCCUUCACCUGGAGUAAACUCUGCAGGAUUGUCUUAGUUUGUCUGGGUUGGGUGGGGAGGGGGCCAGGACAUGGCUGUGCCCAGGGUGCUUUCCAAAUAUCUCUGGAUUCCACUCUAUUAAAAUUCAGUGUGCCCUCACACCCACUGCAAUCUACUAGCCAGUGGAGACAGGCCUUCUUACAGGGUUAGCCUUGCUGCUGUAAAAGACAGGACAGGAGCUCCUGGCCUGCCCCCAUUGGUGCUCCUGUCUGUCUUGGCCUAUACCUUAGCUCACUAAGGGGCAGAGAAGGGGAAUGCUAUUUCUUUAAACAUAGUGUUACCUGGGUGCUGUGGACAUGACUGGUUUUGUUCUGCUCAGUGCUCCCACUCCAUGGUGCUGUGGAGUCCUCUCUGUUUGCAGGGUCUCACUUUGACCAUGGGAUAAUCCUUUUUACUGUCUUCUAAACCAGCGUAUAUUGAUGCAUGAGAAAAAAAAAUAUCAGAGCAAAGAUUA